AUGCCUUCAGUCGCACAUGAGGGAGUUCGGAUAGCCAUUGACAGAGGCGGUACCUUCUGUGACUUCUGGGCUCGCAUUCCGGGUCGCAAUGAUGAUCUGGUCCUCAAGCUCCUGUCCGUCUGUCCCGAUGAGUACCCCGAUGCGCCGACCGAAGGCAUCCGGCAGAUUCUGGAAAUAGCAACGGGAAAGCCGGUGCCCCGCGGCGAACCCUUAGAUCUUGCUCCUGUCGAAUCGAUUCGUAUGGGAACGACGGUUGCCACCAAUGCCUUGCUAGAACGGAAGGGCGAACGCGUUGCCUUAGUCAUCACCAAAGGAUUCCGGGAUCUCCUCAUCAUCGGCAACCAAGCACGGCCUCACCUGUUCGACUUGUCCGUCCAAAAGCUCGACCGCCUGUAUGAAACGGUUGUCGAGGUGGAUGAGCGUGUCACGGUUGAGGGAUUCUCCGAGGAUCCGGAGCCCGAGCCCAUCGAUGUCGAUGCAGAUCCUGAUCUUGUCCGCGGACUCACUGGCGAGCCCUUGAGAGUACUGAAGAAGCCGAACUACGACGAGGUUAGGGAAAGCCUCCAAUCUCUGUGGGAUCAAGGCUACAGGAGUCUUGCCGUUGCGCUCAUGCACUCGUUUACCUUCCCCGAACACGAGCUUGAGAUCGGGAGGAUUGCCCGCGAGAUGGGCUUCAAGGUCGCCUUGUCCUCCCAACUUCAACCGAUGAUCAAACUUGUGCCGAGAGCACAGUCCGCAACUGCAGAUGCUUAUCUGUCUCCUAUCAUUGCCUUGUAUCUGGACAGCUUCCGGAAGGGCUUCAAAGGCGAGCUCCAGGGAGCCGAUGCCAGCAAGCUGCUUCUGUCCCAGUCAGAUGGCGGCUUGACUCCCUUUACAGACUUUACCGGUCUUCGCGCCAUUCUUUCCGGACCUGCUGGCGGUGUCGUCGGAUAUGCAAGGACAUGUUAUGAUGCAAUUGAGGGUACUCCUGUGCUGGGGUUCGACAUGGGCGGUACGAGCACAGAUGUUUCCCGUUAUGGUGGUUCGCUGGAGCAUGUUUUCGAGUCGACAACUGCAGAGGUCACAAUUCAGAGCCCGCAAUUGGACAUCAAUACUGUGGCAGCAGGUGGCGGCUCGAUGCUCUUCUGGCAGAACGGACUGUUCAGGGUCGGCCCUCAAUCCGCAGGAGCACACCCCGGACCCGCGUGUUAUGGAAACGAUGGUCCCUUGACCAUCACCGAUGCUAACUGCUUCCUUGGACGUAUUCUUCCCGAUUACUUCCCUCGUCCUCUCGACCUCCAGAAAGUCAAGAAGGAUUUCCUCAAGCUCACCGACGUCGUCAACGAGGAGAAGCACGGAGACGACAAGCUCACCCCUGAACAGGUUGCCAUGGGCUUCAUCCAGGUUGCCAAUGCUACCAUGACCAGGCCGAUCCGCACACUAAGCGAAGGCCGAGGUUUUGAGACUUCCUCCCACAACCUUGCUUGCUUUGGCGGUGCAGGUGGUCAGCAUGCCACUGCCAUUGCUCGCGAUCUUGGUAUCAGGCGUGUCUUGAUCCAUCAACUCUCCAGCAUCCUCUCCGCAUACGGUAUGGCCUUGGCCGACGUCGUGGUCGAGAAGCAGGAGCCGGAAGCCGUGGCCUACACGCCCGAGGCAACUUCACGUCUUGAUUCUCGGUUCGACUCAUUGUCCUCGCAGGCCGAGGACUCCCUGAAAAAACAGGGUUUUCUACCCCAUCGCAUCGAACACGAGUUCUUCCUCAACAUGCGCUACAAGGGUGCUGAUACUUCUCUCAUGAUCUCCAAACCCGACGAUGGUGACUUUGGCAAGGCAUUUGUGGCCCGGCACCACCGCGAGUUCGGCUUCACUCAACCCCGUGAUAUCCUCGUCGAUGACAUCCGCGUGCGUAGCGUUGGUCGCGCGAUGGACAUGCACUUGUCCUCCCCAUUCGCUCAGCUCGACAGCUUGAGCAAGGCGCCGUAUGUCGACCCGGCCAAGGCGAAGAGUAUCCGCAAGAUCUACUUCGAGAAGGAGGGGUGGGUUGAUUCGCACGUCUACCACAUCGCAGAUCUUCCGAAGGGAUGUAAAGUCAAGGGGCCGGCCGUCGCAAUCGAUGCUACGCAGACCAUCAUUUUGGACCCUGCGAGCGAGGCUACUGUCCUUGAUGAACAUCUCGUCAUUGAACUGCUGGAUACGGAGAAGGUCAAAGUCGGGACAGAUGAGAUUGACCCUAUCCAACUCAGUGUGUUUGGACACCGUUUCAUGAGUGUUGCGGAGCAGAUGGGUCAAACUCUUCAGAAGACCUCCAUAUCUACCAAUAUCAAGGAAAGACUCGAUUACAGUUGCGCAGUCUUCUCAGCCACCGGCGGCCUUGUGGCCAACGCUCCCCACAUUCCCGGUCACCUCGGCUCGAUGAGUACCGCCAUUAGCUACCAAGCCAAUCUGUACAAGAAGGGGGAGUUGAAGCCUGGAGACGUCAUCCUGUCCAACCAUCCCUGUGCUGGUGGAACCCAUCUCCCUGACUUGACCGUGAUCACACCUGUAUUUGACGAUGAAGAGAACCCUCAAGAGAUCCUCUUCUUCGUUGCGAACCGCGGUCAUCAUGCGGACAUUGGUGGUAUCGCUGCCGGCUCGAUGCCUCCGAAUUCCACCGAGCUUUGGCAGGAAGGCGCUGCCAUCGAGUCUUUCAAGAUGGUCAAGGAGGGUGUCUUCGAUGAAAAAGGUCUUGUGUAUCACCUCUACGACGUUCCAGGCAGCUACCCAGGCUGCUCGGGUACACGUACGCUCCGCGACAACAUUGCCGACCUGAAAGCCUCGAUCGCGGCCAACAACCGCGGCAUCCAUCUCAUCAGCUCGCUAGUCAAGGAGUAUAGCUGGCCGGUUGUUCAGUUCUACAUGGAAGCAAUCCAGAAGAACGCCGAGGAAUCCGUCCGCGAACUUCUUAAGGGCUUCAGCAAGCGAUUCCGCGGGCAUCCGCUCUCCGCCAUCGACCACAUGGACGACGGCACUCCCCUCGCGCUCAAAAUCACCAUCAACCCCACCGACGGCUCGGCCAAGUUCGACUUCACAGGCACGGGCCCGGAAGCCUUCAACAACCUCAACACGCCACCGGCCAUCAUGUACAGCGGCAUCAUCUACUGCCUGCGGUGCAUGAUCAGCUCGGACAUCCCGCUGAACCAGGGAUGCCUGACGCCCAUCGAGGUGUACUGCCCGCCCAACACGCUGCUGAGCCCGUCACUCAAGGCCGCGACCGUUGGCUCCAACGUCGAGACCAGCCAGCGCAUUGUCGACCUCAUCUUCAAGGCCUUCCGCACCGCCGCCGCCAGCCAGGGCACCUGCAACAACCUCACCUUCGGCUACGGUGGCCGCGACGACCGCGGAAACGUCACCAAGGGCUUCGGCUACUACGAGACCAUCGCCGGUGGUUCAGGCGCCGGUGCCGAUUGGGAGGGCCAGAGCGGCGUGCAUACACACAUCACCAAUACUCGCAUGACCGACCCCGAAACGUUCGAAAAGCGCUACCCCGUCCUGCUGCGCGAGUUCAGCAUCCGCGCCGGCAGCGGCGGGCGCGGCCGCAAGCGCGGCGGCGACGGCUGCGUGCGCGACAUCGAGCUGCGGCGGCCGAUGCAGGUGUCGAUCCUGUCGGAGCGCCGCGUCAACGCGCCGUACGGCAUGGCCGGCGGCGGCGAGGGCCAGCGCGGCGUCAACCUGUGGAUCCGGAGGGACCCGCUCGACGCCGGCUCGACCCGGACCAUCAGCCUGGGCGGCAGGGCGACGACGCCGAUGGGCACGGGCGACCGCAUCGUCGUCAUGACGCCGGGCGGCGGCGGGUACGGGCCGGAUCCGGACGGGGCGGACGACGAGGUGGAGGUGGACGGCGAGUUCAGGUUGCAUGAGAAGUUUGUGAGGAAUCCGCAUUUGUUCAGGGCGCAGGGGAGCGUGAGUGCGAGGGAGGCGAUGGGGACGCAGAACUGA